AUGAAGUAUAAUGUUGCUGCUCUUCAGAUUGGAGCAUCCCCUUCUGGUACACUGGCUACAUUGGAAAAGAUUAUGAAGUAUGAAUCAGAAAUUAAGGAAUUAAAUAUCAAGCUAGUUGUCAUGCCUGAAGCGACUAUAGGAGGGUAUCCAAAAGGCUCGACUUUUGGUACUUACUUGGGAUAUCGUACUCAAUCCGGCAGGGAGGAGUUUUCAAAAUACCAUAAAAAUGCUAUUACACUUCCAGGGCCUGAAACAGAGACGUUACUGAAUUUUAGUAAGCGGACAGGAGCUACCCUUGUUGUAGGGGCCAUCGAAAAGGCUGGAGCAACAUUAUAUUGUACUAUGAUAUACAUUGACCCAGACUUAGGUUAUAUUGGAAAACACAGGAAGUUGAUGCCUACGGCCUCUGAGAGAUUGGUAUGGGGUCAGGGAGACGGCUCUGGUCUAAUUACACCGGACAAUAAAUACCUUGGUAAGUUAGGGGGAGCUAUCUGCUGGGAGAAUUAUAUGCCAUUAUACCGUGCAGCCAUGUAUUCCAAAGGUGUAAACGUUUAUUGUGCUCCAACAGUAGAUGAGCGUGAAAUUUGGCAAUCUUUGAUGAGAACUAUCGGUACGGAAGGAAGAUUAUUUGUUGUGUCUGCAGUGCAUUUCUUACCACCCCCCGAGGAGUGCGGAUUAGACAUGCCUACCUGGGAAAAGGGUAGAAACAGCAUCAAUGGUGGGUCAGUUAUUGUCAAUCCUUACGGUGAUAUUAUUGCCGGUCCUCUAACGGGGAAAGAGGGCUUAUUGACAGCAGAAAUAGAUCUAGACACUAUUGUAGAAGCAAGAUACGAUCUCGAUAUAACAGGUCAUUACGCCCGUAAUGAUAUAUUUAAAUUAACUGUGGAUGAGAGACCAAAGGAUGGCGUUUCGUUUAUUAAUUAG